ACAAUUUAUUUCACAAAUCUCUAUCUUCCUUCUCUAAAGCAAUGUUUACAGUCUUUAAAACCUGACUUGAGUCAAAUUUUGUGACCAUAUAGAAGACAUUAUAUGUGGAGAUGUGCAAUAUAGACUGUGAUAUUCAAUGAAGAUGCGGACAUGGCCUUUGAACAAGGGACGGAAGUGGACGGCCUUAAAAUGGAACCGAUCUCAAAAUUUAGCUUGGUUCUAACUGGGUUCUCGAUUCUAUGGAGAUUCGUUUCGAUCUUCAUUAAUUGGAGCCUGGCUUACGAGUAUUGGAUGGACGAGUCCUACGGAUACUGUGCAUGGACAGUUGGUUCGAUCCUGGUGCCCAUGGCAGUAACAUCAGUUAUAUAUAUUCAUGUUUUGAGGUCCGCUCACUCGGGUCAAAAUCGGAUCCUUAACAGGGGAGUUUACUCAAAUGUAGUGAUUUCGUAUCUAUUUCGGGAUGUCUUCGCUUUUAAUUACGCAUUGAAAUAUUCCGAGGCCAAAAAGCGAGAUGACAAACAGGAGGAGAUAAGAUAUUAUCAAAAACUUAUGACGGAGGAGUGCAAUGUUGGUUUCGUACGGCUAUUUGAUUCGUUUUUGGAAUCUGCGCCACAGAAAAUAUUACAGCUUGUAAUAGUGUUGCGAUCGAUUAAGGACUUUACAUACUAUCGCCUGAUUGCCUUCAUCAUAUAUUUCGGUAAUAUAGCGUGGUGCAUCCAGGCGUAUAAUCACUCGAAUCGCCUGGUACAACUGGACAAGCAUGAUAUCGCCGCAAAGGGGAGAUUUAUACAAUUUCUUUUCCUCCUUUGUCUGACGGUUUCGAGAACGCUUUGUAUAGCGUACAUCGCAAGUAUUUUUCCCGUCGAAACAUUGAUCAUUUGUGCGACUCACGCUUUUUUGUGCGGUUCCAUUGUGUUUUUGGUGGACUCUCCAAUGAUCGCUGAAUCUCGCUUUAUGAACUACCUGUACUGCCUUUGCUUUGGCAUAGUUUAUUUGUUUAUUUUCACCCCCGUUAAAGAUGCACCAACCAAGUAUAAGUACACAGCUUAUCUCACUAUCUGCCUCCUUCAAAACAUAGUCGCUUGUGCCCUGUACAUUCCCACACAUCUUUGGAUUGCCAUUAUUGCCUUGUAUGUUUUCGGUAUUAUGCUUAUAGCAUUCUACUACUCAAAAUGCCAUCCCAGUACCAUACCAACAUAUUUCUAGUGUAGUUCAAUGUUUAUAAUAAACGUGUUUAAACGGAAAAACUAUUCCUACUCUUUAAAUUAAUAUGCUCCAAACCUAGUAGUAGUAUUGCAAUUGGCGCCAAAACAUUUUGAAAUUGGUAUGUAAUUUUACAUUUUUAGAGGGAAACAAAAAGCAUUUGAGCAAAAUGUAUUAAUCUUAAUAAGUUUUGUAACCCAAAAGUUGCUGUAAAUAAGAAAUAAAAAAGUAUUUGAUUCUG